UGACCAACAUCUGUUUUUUGGACCUGUACGCAUGCAGCGUUAUCAAUUAAUCCAUCAUAUAUAAUCAAAUAUAUAUAGAAGAAUCGUAUUAUGGGUCGCCUUAUUCUAGAGCAUACGCUGCAAGGUCAUAAAGGCCGUAUUUGGGGCGUUGCAUGGCAUCCAAAGGGAAACAGUUUCGCUUCUUGUGGCGAAGACAAAGCCAUCAGGAUUUGGUCCCUAUCUGGGAAUACAUGGACAACGAAGACGAUACUAUCGGAUGGACAUAAGCGUACCAUACGUGAGGUACGGUGGUCUCCGUGUGGUGAGUAUCUGGCGUCGGCUAGCUUUGAUGCAACCACAGCCAUUUGGUCCAAACACGAAUGCACUGCGACGCUGGAGGGACACGAAAACGAGGUGAAAAGUGUCAGUUGGUCACGCAGUGGUGGUCUAUUGGCAACUUGUUCACGUGAUAAAUCUGUGUGGAUCUGGGAAGUGGCUGGCGAUGAUGAAUUCGAAUGCGCCGCAGUACUUAAUGCCCACUCGCAGGAUGUAAAGCGUGUAGUGUGGCAUCCGACAAAGGAAAUCCUUGCCUCGGCUUCGUAUGAUAACACAAUCAAAAUGUAUGCCGAGAGUGCACUAGACAGUGAUUGGGAUUGUACGGCUACGCUCAGCUCGCAUACGAGUACAGUUUGGAGCAUUGACUUCGACGCCGAUGGCGAGCGUUUGGUAUCCUGCAGCGAUGAUGCAACACUUAAGAUCUGGCGUGCCUAUCAUCCAGGCAAUGAGGCCGGCAUUGCAACACCCGAUAAGACGACUGUGUGGAAGUGUGUGUGCACCCUGUCCGGCCUGCACACACGUGCCAUCUACGAUGUGUCCUGGUGCAAGCUGACGGGCCUAAUAGCCAGCGCGUGCGGGGAUGACGCUAUACGCAUUUUUAAAGAGAGCAGCGAUUCAAAGCGAGAUGCACCCAGCUUUGAACUGUUAACUUCCGAGGAGAGUGCCCAUGAACAGGAUGUGAAUGCCGUUGAGUGGAAUCCGGUAAAUGUCGGGCAGCUAAUCUCCUGCAGCGACGACGGCACCAUUAAAAUAUGGAAGCUGCAGGAAUAGUACUAAGGUCUUUGUGUAUA